GUCAAACAGCUGUCAACUUCAGUUCCAUUUAUUUAGUUGGUGAGGUAGGAUGCAUGGGGACAGCUGCCCAGCCUCAGAGAGUAUUUGACUGAAGAUGAAGAUGAUCUUUCUCUUCCUUCUUCUAUUAGGUGAGAUUUUAUCCAGGUUUGUCUCAUUGAGAUAAAAAAAAAAAAAGUUUAGCAAGAGAGACCUGUUUUGUGCCAUAUUUGGUGAUUUCUGUGUGUGUGUGUGUGCGUGCGUGCUUGUUUGUUUGAUAGAUGACCCUGAGAUAGAAGCACAACAGGGGAUGGUGGUGAAUGGACAAGUUCUGCUGAGAUUUAUAUUUCAUCCCUUCUACAAUGGUUAUGAGAAGUUAUGUUCUAAACUACAUCCUGAGGGAUUUCCUGUUGUGAAUACCAGAGGAUAUGUCAAUGACUUCUACAAGGGAAGAAUAUCGACAACAGAAUACAACGGUGGGAUGGACGUUAAGAUAUGGAAUUUAAAGCUUGUGGACGCUGGUGACUACAGGUGUGUUAUUGUCAGCAGUGUGAAUCAUAUCUACUCUGACUAUCGCCUCCAGAUUGGUAAGAACCCUCAUAAAUAAAUCAAACAAUCUUAAAUUAAGUAAAGAAUGUUAUUCUGUUCUAUUCUAGGAACUGUGAUAUUAGCAAACUGGAAUGCAUACUGUAGGUAAACCAAUGUGUUGAGGCCAAGGAAAUAUGUAAGCACGUACAGUAUGAGGAAGAUUAGGUCAACUUGUAAAAUAACAGAUCACUGUGUUGAAAUGAGUGCUUAUUAAACUGUCUCCGUUUAGAUCAUGGUCGACGUAGCGGUCUUGUACCCCCUGGACCUCGUGUCAGGUCAACCAUCAGACCCUCCAUCUCAUCAUCAUCAUCAUCCUCCUCCUCAGACGCCUCUGUUUUCUACAAGCACCACAAUGACGGCCCCAGGUGCAAUCUCUCUCUCACACACACAUACUGGUUAAUUAUUCCUUAUAGUUGAUAAUGUUAUAGUUGAUACGAGUUGUGGGAGUGGUGUAAUUAUGUCAAUAUUUCGUCACGUUUUGUCCUAUUCACCUGUUAGUGUUUCCCGGAGCUUUGGUGUACCGCUGGCUGCAGGUCUCUGCGUCACUAUGGUGAUUGUAAUCUGUUCGAUCGUAGUUGCUGUGGUUCAUCGCAAAGUCGAGGCGGAGAGUAAGAGGAAUAACUUUCAGUGUUUCAUCCCGUUAAAUCGUCUUUCAAAUACGUAGGCUAUGACCUUUAGCCAGUAGACGUCCCAUGAUUUUGACGUUGUUGCACUGUGUCUGUUCUUUGUUAAAGUUUAAGUCAUUUUCAUGUUCUUCACAGAGAAAUGUGGAGCAACUUCCAGUGACUCAGCAGCCCACACUCUAUCAGUAAGUGCUAAAUGUGACCCUUGUCUUCAUGACUCAGUGUCACAUUUCCUGUUUUGUCCCAGAAACGACAACAAAGAAUAAUAAUAAUAGUGUUUGAGCUUGACGUUCCCAUGAUGUCUCUUGAGCUUGACGUUCCCAUGAUGUCUGUUGAGCUUGACGUUCCCAUGAUGUCUGUUGAGCUUGACGUUCCCAUGAUGUCUGUUGAUAUGUCUUCUGCAGUGUGCCCCAUAAUAAACAGUUUGUAAACAAACUUAUAUGUAUAAAUACUCAUUAUAAAGACUGUUUAUAUACCUUAAUAUAAAGUGUUACUAAAUAUUAUUGAAUGUGUAUGUCUCCUGCAGUACAUCCCUCAAGAGGAGAGCAGUAUUAUCUACAUCACGGUGGACUUCAAACCUCAUGAGAACCACACCACAGAGCUGUAUGCUAACCUACAGACACUCAGCAGCCCCAGAGGUCAUGACCCUGACCCACACAGAGAGCCUGCUGGGACUGUGGUGUACUCCACACUGGCUAGCAACCAACGCUGAACUGGAUUGUUACGUAUCUGUAUCUUUCUUAGCCCAGUGGUCCCAGAUCUGUUUGUGCUG